AUGUACUUGUGGACUAUAAAAUUAAUUAUUUAUUUUUUAUUAAUUUCCGAUGAAUACUCUACUGCAAAUCCUAUCGAAGAUGAGCAAAGAGAACCAACAAUUGUCGAUAACGUUCGUAAUUGGUUUAAAAAUUUGAAAAACCGAAUUGUUGAUUUUUGGAAUCGAACAAUAAAUUGGUUCUCGAAUCCAAAAAAUGAUAAUACUUCUUGGGAUGAUGAGUCAUCAAAUUUAAAUAAUCCUAUGGCUACGUCAAAAUCUCCGUCAUCUGAUGAUAAACCGCUUGAAUAUGAAGUAGAAAAACUAACAACAUUUGAAAUUUCUCAAACAGUUGCGACUACCGAAUUUAUAACAUACCCAUCAAGUGACAAAUCAAUCGAGAAAAAUACUAUAACUCCUGUAAAAAAUUCACAAUCUGCUGAAGUACUUGUACCAUAA